AUGUCGUGGCUGAGGUCCACGCUGAGCAAGGCGCGCGCGGCCGCCGCCCCGCGCGCCUCGCUUUCUGGUGGGGCGGGGCUGCUCGUGGACCGUCGGAGCAGGGAUCGAUACCCAUACCGCUACGCGAUCAUCGUCGCCACUGCUGGGUUCGCCUUUCGGGGCGACGUUCUCGGAGCCGUGGGGCAAGAGGUCGCACACAUGUUCGCGCGGGAGCACCCGCAGCACGGGGCUCGGGGCCCCGUCUCCGGCACGAUCCACACGGGCAUGUUUUUCGUGGUGGCGAAGGCGGCAUUUCCCGUCGGCGUCGCCGCGGACGGGCGCGAGUCCGUAGAGGUCCUGAAGAAUGUCGGGACCAAGGCCACGGCGGCCAUCGCCACCACGGCGGUGACCAGGGCUAGGCGGCUGGCGACUGGGCGCGGUGCCAGCAGCGUGGAGCUGGAGGCGCAGCUGGAGAAGAAGGCGCGCGAGACGAAGACGGCCGCCGGCAUCCAGGCGAUGCACAAGGAUUGGUUGCAGCAGAUCGCCGCGAAAGAGAGCAAGGCUUCGUCCGAAGCGAAGGAGCGUGAGCUCAGCUUCAAGGAGCUGCUCCUGCAGAGCCGCGCCAUCGAGAUCAGCAUUGAGGUCCUCGCAGUCGACGCGGCGCUCCGGGAGCAGUACGCGGCUCCUCCGGCACCAGAGGAUAAGGAUUCGCCCGUGGCGACCCUCUACGAGUUGCUGUCCAAGACGCUGUCGUGCCCCCAGGCCCACUGGGCGGAGGUGCUCCGGCUUGCGAUGGGCGCCGACGGCCCCCUGCUCGACGGCCACGUCGCCUGGGUCGUCGGCGUGGUGUCCGCCAUGAAGGCCGACUGGCACGAGGAGGCCCUGCUCUCCGAGCGCAGGGAGCUCGCGCUGCGCGCCGAGCUGCUGCGCCAGGAGAUCAACGCCAUCGAGGGGCCCGCGGAGGGCGCCUCCCCCGACGACGAGCGGUGCCGGCGCCGCGUGGCCUCCUCGGCGGAGCUGCUGCAGACGUACCAGGCCGUCCGGCGAAACCUGGAGGAGGCGCAGUCGCACCGGCACGACCUGUUCGAGGAGCGCGAGAAGGACCUGGGCCUGAUCGUGGAGCAGCUGCAGGCGCACAUCGUGGGGCUGCAGAGCACGGCCUCCGCGUCGACUGCGAGACACAAGCACCUGGAGGUGGAGCUCAAACAGUCGCAGGACAGCAUCCAGUCACAGCUGCAGCACAUGGACGACGUCCGCGUCCAGAUCGACCAGGAGCUGGAGCAGCUCGAGGAGCGGAAGAAGCAGCUCAGGCGGCUUCCGGCUUCUCGGCGCACCGAUAGGGACCAGUCCUUCACGGAGGCCUUCACAGAGCGGCGCUCUGCCAAGGCGGGGCCGACCCUGGCGGCGUUGGAAACCUUGCACCCGCAGGUGGCCCUCCUAUUGCUGCGGCGCUGCGCGAGCUUUUGCAAGCUCGUCUACAGCGCACGCACCGCGCCGCCAGAGCUGCAGGCUGGCGCCCUCCGAGGAGGCUACGACGCCGCGCAGCGGGGUGCGCUUGGGUGUCUGCUGGCCGCGGAUUUGACGGACGCCCAGUGGCACCAGGCCUCCCGGGGGCUGGCGUGCGCCGGCCUGGGCCUGCGGCGACUGAAGGCGCACGCGGCGGGCGCGUACCUGGCCAGCCUCGGCGCCACGCGGCGUCUGUGCUCGGAGCUGGACUCGAACCUCGGGGCAGCCGGCCGCGCGGACAUCAUGUCCGAGAUGCUCCUUGGCGCGCCGGGCUUCAUGGAGGUCGAAACAAACGAGAACUUGGGGCUGCUCUUCGAGCCGGAAGGGUUCCUCGCUGAGCUGCGGAGGCGGCUUCUGCUCCAGGUCUAUGACAGGGACAAUUUCGGCCUUUGCUGCGAUGAGCCUUGCGACCGGCACGGGCGCCACGCUGUCCUCUGCGCUGGCGCGGGAGGUUGGGUGUGCCGGCACAACGCCGCGCGCAACCUGGUAGGGCGAGUCGCCGCCGCAGCCUGCUGCAACCCAGAGCUGGAGAGGCUGCCAGGGGGCUGGCCGUCCAAAGGAUUGGAUGCGCCGCAAGCGCGCGAGGUGGUCAAGCGCACCCACCUCGACACGGAGGCCCUCUGCAGGCAACAGGGGGUUUUCUUCAUCCUUUUGGUCGCAGAGCCUAGACGUAGCGCCACCCAGCUGGACGUUAUGCUACUGAUCGAGGCCAACAUGUUCCUGACAGGCCGGCCCAUUCUCUGCGCGGCACUGUUCUUUAUUAGCCUGGGGAAGGCCUUUUCAGCAUUGGGCGCCCUGUCUCAAUAG